UGUCCAUCUUCUUCCCUCUAAAUUUCUCUCAGUGUGCAUGUCCAUGCGGUUACCAUUUCAGCGCGGGAAGCAGCUUUCAUCAAAAGCUCCUUCCUUUGCAAAGUCGUUUCUUUCAAUAAUUGCUCACAUGUAUACAUACACCCUUCUCCAUUCCCUUCGCAUAUAUACAUUUACGCUUCGCUCUUUCUUCGUUUUCUUAGAACUAAACUCCUUAAACACCGUCUUUUCACUUUCAGUUCAAAACCCCUCCUCCUUUCUUGACCCUUUUAAUUGCCAAAAUUUUCCGUUGAAAAUCCCACAAUCUUUCCCAAGAAAAAGAUACUAUAAACCCUUGAAGAAAUAUCUUCGUUCCAUCUCCAUUUUCAUUUUUUUCUUGUUCGAGGAGUUUUCGGUUUGAAGGUGGAGUUUUGUUUUGCGUUCAAGCGAAUUACGACUUGUACUGCGUCUUUAGUGGAGAAGAAGAUGCCAAACGUUCUCGAUAGCGAUUCAGUUAAUAUCAGGGAAGUUUGGAAUUAUAAUCUUGAUAAGGAGUUUGCUUUAAUUCGUGACAUUGUUGAUGAUUACCCUUACGUCGCCAUGGACACUGAGUUCCCGGGAAUCGUUCUUCGAGUAAUCGGGAAUCUCAAGAGUCGUUCCGAUUACAAUUACUAUACUCUGAAAGUGAAUGCUGAUCUCCUGAAAUUGAUUCAAUUAGGUCUUUCCUUCUCCGACGAGAAAGGGAAUAUGCCCACCUGUGGGACUGACAAGUAUUGUGUUUGGCAAUUCAAUUUCCGCGAGUUCAACCCAAAUGAAGAUGUUUAUUACAAUGAAUCCAUCCAGCUCUUGGCUCAGUCCGGCAUUGAUUUCAAGAAGAACAACGAAAUGGGUGUGAGUGCAUUUAGGUUUACUGAGCUGUUGAUGUCUUCUGGAAUCGUUUUGAAUGAUAAUGUCCACUGGGUUACUUUCCAUAGCGCGUAUGACUUUGGGUAUUUGAUCAAGUUGCUAACUUGGCAGAAUCUGCCGGAUACUCAGGCGGGAUUCUUUACUUUGAUCAAGAUGUAUUUCCCCAAUCUGUAUGAUAUCAAACAUUUGAUGAGGUUCUGCGACGGCCUCCAUGGCGGGUUGAACAAGGUUGCAGCUAUUUUGGGCGUGAAGAGGAUCGGUGUUUCUCACCAAGCUGGUUCGGACAGUUUGCUUACUUGUUGUACAUUUAUGAAACUGAAAGAGAUUUUCUUUAAUGGUUCCCCUGAGAAACAUGCUGGUGUUCUAUUCGGGCUUGGUGUUGAGGCUGGUCUGAGUAUUCAGUGAACGAAAAGGAACUAUCAACUAAAAAAUAAAAAUGAAAUAAAACUAAAAUGAACCUAUUCUGACUACUUGACUUUGCUGGCCCCAAGAUUUCCCUUAUCUUAUAAUUUAUCUGCACCUAUAAUUCAUGAAUUUCGUGAAGGUCUUGGAAUGGGUUUUUGAUGAACAGAUCAUCGAAGUUUGAACCUCGAAAUCCUAAGUGUAGUGUUCAUUAACAUUUAGGAAUUUCUUGAGAAUGAAGGGAAGAUGCAAAUCUUUCUGGAAAUGCUUAUGAAGCCAGUGCUUCAUAAUCUUUUUUUUUUAAAAAAGAAAGUUUGCUUAUAGUUUGAAGAACCUGAUGUUGAUUGUUUAUGGUCUCUGCCAUAUGGAAAUGAUGUUAGGAUUAUUUCUACUACCAUUUAAUUGGUCAGGCAAAGUCUUAUUGUCUCUACAUAAGGCAUUACUUUUCAUGCCUUUAUACUGCCGCCUAAGGGUUGCAGUAUAUCAUCUGUCAUAUAUCUCUUACCUGGUCAAAUGGGCUGCAGGAGUGAAUGGAACAAUAUGUUAACUAGGCUGUGGUUUGCCACUGCACAAUUUGCUGUUUCAGUUUGCAUAGUGAUGACAUAAUUGUGUUGUGUUUUCACUCUGAGGUUGCCUCCGAGGGACUAUGAAGUUGCCUCAAGAUUUACUUGGAAGCAGUUUGGAGAAAAGUUUCUUCUCUUAUUGCUUUAUUUGCUUGGGACACUGGUUAGGGCAGAACACUCGUAUUGAUAACCUUUGAAAGUGUGGUAGAUUCAUAGUCAAUGGGUGCCCUUAUGUGCUUGCAAGAGAGUGAAUUAACAAUCCAUCUGUUUUCUGGUCUGCAGAGGCUAAAAGGUUAUGGGAUUCAUCUUUGUCCAUCCUAAAACUGCUAGUAGUUCAAAGUUUAGAUGAAUUAUGGCCAUGUGAUGGCAUUAGAGUAUGCAAUCCCAGGAAAAAACUUGUUUCCCUCAUUCUGUUGGCUAUCAUCUGGUAAUCUGAAAAGAAACAAACAAGAGGAAUUUUUAUGGCAUUAUGUCUCCUUUUGCUAGCAUUAGAGAUCAGUGGUUUAAAUUCUUGAGUAUUUUAUUUAGUGGUUAUCCUCUGAACUUCCAAGAGGACUUUGUAUAACUUUAUUGAUGUUUUCUUUUUUUUUGGCAAUAUGUAAAAUUUUUCUGUACUCGGGUGGAUCCCAUGGAUGCAAUGUUAGUAUAAUUACGUCUCUUCUUCCUCUCUGAAAAGGAAUUGUAUUCUCUAGUUCAUGCAAUUACAUAUGUACAGUAAAUGCACUGGAGUCUCCCUCAAGUUUCCCUUAUUUAACCGGAAUGUUACUUUGUUAUUCAUGACGCCGACCAUGCUACUAUUUAUUCUUGGGAUUUUAAAAUAUCCUUCUAUAGUAGAGCCUAAAUUUCAGAAGCAGCUGAAUUCUGCUAUUUAGUUACUUUUCUAAUGUUGCUGCUCAAAGGUGGCUGCUUAUUUUUGGAGAAAGGGGCUAGUUGAAGGUCUGCAGUGGCUUUUACUUAGCAGAAUGAGGUUCUUCAAUUCAUUUUUCCUUUUUUUAUUACUUCCUACCAAUUACGCCCAAUUAUUGUUUCUUGGUGGUUCCUCCCUUAUGUUUUAUAUGCAUGGCUGCUCCCCCCUAAUCAACUUGAGGUGUGUUCAGCGUGGUUUAUGAGAAGAUGAAGGAAACCAAAGAAGCUGAAAAUUCCUAUUUAGACAUGUUUGCUGGCUGUUUUUGUCCAAAACAAGAGGAUUUUCCUUAUCCCACCUUCUUCAAGGAAUAGACUUGGCAUUAGAUCUUUGGUUCAGUUGAAUAAAGGCGUUGCUAGAGAAAUGGCUUUGGAGAUUCAUGCAGGCUGAAGGCAGGUCAUGGUGGAGUGUCAUAAGGGCCAAGUUUGGUCUUGAAGCUAUCGAGUUGGAAGCCAAGAAUUCUAGAGUUGGGUGGAAAGCCAAUAACUUCAGAGACGCUGGCUUAGCUCUAUGGAAGGAUAUGUUUUGUUGUGUCAAAAUGAGGAUUUACCGACUAGUAGAUUAUGGUUUCGGCGUGAUGAUUGGUGCAAUGAUGGCGUCCAGAGGAAAAUAAGCAGUGGUUUGGAAGUGGCUUCUGUGUUUAUAGGCCAGGUAGUGGAACUUACUAGAAACUUCAACCAUUGGGAGGUAGAUAGGUAUAAUAAUAGAUUUUCUUUUUUGUCUGUUGGGUAGCAGUGUUUCACUACUAGAAGAAAAUGUGCAAAUUCGGAAUCAAUGACUGUUCGUAAGUGCACCUAUCUUCCCUACUCUCUACCUCGGCCACUUCAAAUUUUCAUGAAGGUCUAUCUGGAAGUGGAAUGCACUCUCCAGAAUUACAUUUUUGCUUGGGAGGCAGCUAAGGUAGAAUCCUCACUAUUAAUGAUCUGAUGAAGAAAAUACGAGAUUGUAUUUGUGUAAAAGCAGUAUGGGAUCUCCUGAUCAUCUCUUGUUGCAUUACCAGCCCUCCAGUUUAGUACACUACCAAUGAGCUUUUUGUGUUUUGAGUUUCAUAGGAGAUGAGAUCUGUAAUAGUAAAUGAUAUUUAUUUUUUUAAAAUAAAUUAUAUAUUCAUAAGCACCAAGGUGCACAAAUCUAGAAUGAUUACAUUUUGAACCUAUGAUGUUUAGCAAAGUGACAGAUAACUCAAAAUAGGAAGAAAUUUUUACACUCGUUACUUGUUUCACCA